AUGUCUGACUUUCCCCCCGUCGACGACCUUCUCGCAGACCUCAAAAAGGACACCCACAAUGUGGCCCGCAGCCAUGCUUCUGAGGCCACCAAAACUCAUACUCAAGGCGCCAUGGGCAAACUCGCCACGGCAAUCGCCCAGCAUGAAGGGGCCGAGAACCUUCAAAGCGCCAGCAAUAACAAAAUCGCACAAAUUCCCAUGACCGAUGGACCUGUCGACAAGCAAGCCAUUCAGGAGCGCCUGGACGCACAAGCCGAAGCAAUCUUGCCAUCAUCUGGUGAACCAAUUCCAAGAGGAAGCGAGGCAAGUCGCUUGCAGAGCGCUGCCGACCAAUACCGGCUCGCUCAGGAGGGAAAGUAG